AUGGCUCUUCCAUCAAGCUUUGGUGGCCUCAAGGCAUUGACAAAGCUUGACAUCCACGCAAAUCAAUUGAUAAACCUUCCUGAAUCAUUUGGGGAACAUGUCAACCUGACUGCGAUAGACUUAUAUGGAAACAGGUUAAGAUCUCUACCAGCUUCUAUUGGGAACCUGAAAAAUCUUAUUGUUCUGGAUUUGAGUUCAAACAACUUAACUGUACUGCCACAAACACUGGGAAAUCUAACUCGCUUGAAAAGAUUGAAUGUGGAAACGAAUGAGCUUGAAGAACUCCCUUAUACAAUUGGGUCUUGUUCAUCACUUGUGGAGCUGAGAUUGGAUUUCAAUAAGCUAAAAGCAUUUCCAGAAGCAAUUGGGAAACUUGAAUGCUUGGAUAUCCUUACAUUGCACUAUAAUAGAAUCAUAAGAUGUGGGAGUGAGGUGCCAUCAGAAGAGGUAGUGGGAACAAGAGAGAAUGACUCAAAACCCUCAAUUGCAAGCUACUUUAGAACAUCUGUUUUUGAAAGGAUUUGA